AUGCAUUUCACCAACGUUCUCGUUUCCAUUUUCGCCGUGGCCUCUGUCACUACAGCCACUCUCUCGCAACGUAUGUACGGCGAGCCUCUUCAGGCGCUCGAUAUCCGCGGCUACGAGGAGGCCCAUGAAGACAUGCUCGCUGCCCGCGACGAGUUCAUGGAGAAGCGCGACCUCUUCCGUCGUCUUGGAGGCCAGGCCUUCUGCAGGGGCGACAAGAAGCCCUACUCUUGCGAAGAGGCAGUCCCGGGGCCCGCUAAUUGGGCUCAGAAGUGGCGAAAGUGCGGUACUUGUGGAAAGAAGGAUAAGCUGGGUGCCAAGUGCAACUGCUAG